AUGGCCCGUCUCUUGGUAUUGUGCGCAUUUGCCGCCUUCGCGGUCUGCGCCGUGGCUUCCGUCCAGCAGCAGCCCGUGCAGGCGCCAUCAGCUGGGUCAGGAUCAACCCCAGGUGUUGUUGCAAGUGGAUCUCGUCCCAUCGUGGGUGGAAACUGGGGUGGAAACUUCGGUGGACCAUGGGGCGGACCUUGGAGUGGACCAUGGGGUGGAUCCUGGGGUCUACCAUGGGGUGGUGGAAGUGGAUUUCGUCCCAACGGGGGUGGAUACUUGAGUGGACCGUGGGGCGGAUCUUGGAGUGGACGAUGGGGCGGAUCCUGGGGUCUACCAUGGGGUGGACCCUGGGGCCGACCAUCGGGUGGCCCUUGGGGUGGUAACUGGGGUGCACCCUGGGGUGGAUCCUGGGGUGGAUCCUGGGGUGGUUUUUACCCGGGCUGGAACGACGGCUGGAACGACGGCUGGAACAACGGCUGGCAGCUGCAGCAGCGAGUUUGGUAG